GGACAAUUCACCAUGGAUGCUGAUAAUACAGCAGUGAGAGCAGCAUGUAUUGAUAUGCUAAAGGGUGGUCAUCGCUAGAUGAGGUAUAACCUAAAAAAGAAAUACUUCAAUGAGGUUCCUGCAAAUCUAGUGAGGACUACAUCGCCUGUUUCGUGCAUGACUGAUGACCAAUGGAAACUUCUAGUAGAAAUGUGGUCUACCUCAAAGCACAAGGACACAUGUAUGAAGAACAAAAUUAGUCGUGAACAAGUAAAGUUUCCACAAGGCACAGGCUCUCAAUCCUACAUUGCAAAGGCAUACUCAUUGGUUGAUAUGGAAUCAAUGGCAGCAACACCAGUUGAAGAUGGAAACCAUUCAAAGUCUUCAACAGAAGUAGUCUCCCAAGUGCUGCCUAAAUCAAGUUUAUUCCUUCAGAAUGUAGGCUUGGCAACCUCUAACAGAAGCUCUUCAGGAAAUGUUUCAGCAAAGGUGUAG